GUGGCCAAUAAAUAGUUCGCUCAGUUAAACACACUAACGUCUACCAUGAUGAACUUUUAGGUUAUUGAAAGUUAAACACUUCACAUGUGUUAGGUACUUAUAAUUUAUGUUUUUCGUGUAAUAGUUCCAAUUAAAAUGGUGAGACAUAAUAAUCAGUUACCGAACAACCUAACCCAACUCCAAAACUUAAUAAAAAGGGAUCGUGAUUCUUAUAAAGAUGAAUUUCGCCAGCAGCUUGCGCAUUUCGAAACUACACUGGAAAUAUUUAAUUUAAAUCCCACUGAGUAUAACAAGAAGUUGGAUGAGCAAGCAAUGUUUUUGGCUCAAGUUACACAAUGCUACCAGAACGAAAUGAAACACUUCCCACAAAAAAUAGUAGAUAUUUUAAAAAUACAUAAUACUGCUAUGCACCACGAAAUGAGGCUUUCAUUAUGUAAGUGUUUAAUAAUGCUUAGAAACAAAAACUUUAUCACUGCUUUUGAUCUGCUGGAGUUGUUUUUUUCAUUGAUAAAAUGUCAAGACAAAAUUCUUAGAGAAUAUCUUAAGACGCACAUUAUAAAUGACAUUAAAACUAUGAAUAUGAAACACAAGGAUAUGAAACUAAACUCGACGCUUCAAAAUUUUAUAUAUUCAAUGUUACGUGACUCAAAUACUAAAACAGCAAAACUCGCAGUUGAUAUUUUGAUUGAACUUUAUCAUAAAAAUAUAUGGAAUGAUCAUAAAACUGUUAAUAUUAUUGCUGAUGUGGGAUGUUUCUCAAAAGUUACCAAAGUAAUGGUUGCUUCGUUGAAGUUUUUCUUGAGCCGAGAGGAAGAGGAAAAAGUGGAAACAGAUAGUGAAGAUGAAGUUGACCCGAAGGAUACUAUGAUUGCAAACAAAUUUAAUAAGAAAACUAGAAAGAGGGACAAAAUGGUUGAGAAAGUAAAGAAAAUUGCGAAGAAAAUGAAAAAGAAGAAGCAGAAAGCUCCUAUAUUUAACUUCUCAGCAUUACAUUUAGUCAAUAAUCCUCAAGGAUUUGCUGAAAAACUUUUCAAGCAAAUGGAGUCCUCAAAUGAAAGAUUUGAAGUUAAGUUGAUGGUCUUAGAUGUGGUGUCAAGGUUAAUUGGUCUACAUAAUCUGUUUUUGUUUAACUAUUAUCCUUUUAUAGCCCGUUUGCUUAUGCCACAUCAAAGAGAAGUUACUCGGAUAUUACAAUUUGCAGCACAGUCAGUGCAUGAGUUAGUUCCUCCAGAAGUGAUUGAACCUGUUAUGAAAGCUAUUGCAAAUAACUUCAUUACUGAAAGAAAUUCUACAGAUGUUAUGGCUGUUGGUUUGAAUGCAGUCCGUGAAAUCUGUGCACGUUGCCCCUUGGCUAUUGACGAAGAUUUGUUGAGGGAUUUAGUCCAAUACAAAAUGUAUAAAGAAAAAUCUGUAAUGAUGGCUGCAAGAUCUCUCAUUCAGCUGUACAGACAAUCUAUGCCUACUCUUUUACACAAAAGGGAUCGUGGGAGGCCAUCAGAAGCAUCAAUAGAACUCAAAACUAAAAAAUAUGGUGAGGUGGACACAAAAGAUUAUGUACCGGGUUCUGAAGUGCUGUUAGAAAAGGAAGAAAUUAAAAAUAAAGGCAGUAAAAAAGUAAAUAAGAAAAAUAAAAACAAAGCAGAUGAUUCUGACGAUGAUUGGAUUGAUGUAGGGUCAUCAGAUUCAGAAAUAAAUAUUUCUACUGAUAGUGAAAAUGAAGAUGAUGAAAAUGAUGAAGAGCAAGAGGAACAAAGUGAUGAGGAUACUGAUGAUGAGGAUAAUGAAGAGUUAAAAGAUAAAGAUGAAUUUAGUAACAGUGUUGAUACCCCAGAAGCUGAUUCUUUAACAAAAGACAACGAAGCACCAAGAAAAAUCCUUAAAGCUAAAAAAUCUAAACAAAAUGUAGAUGAAAAAAUAAAAGUAGCCCGAGAGAUUGCCAUGGACAAAAUAUUCACUGAUGAAGACUUUAAACGUAUUGAAGCAGCCCAGAUAAAAAAGUCCAUAACAGGUGUCAAACGAAACAGAAGUGUAGUAGAGGAAGAAGAAAAUGAAUCUACCGAAUUGGUACAGCUGUCUGCUAUUGAAAACAUUCAUAAGAAAAGAAAGCACGACAAAAAUGCUAGACUGGAAUCUGUACUCAAAGGAAGGGAGGAAAGAGAUAAAUAUGGCUAUAAAGAUCGUAGGAAGAAUGUCAAUUGUUCAAAAACUAAUAGAGAAAAAAGAAAGACUAAGUCUUACCAAAUGGUAAAACACAAAGCACGAGGAAAAAUUAAGAGAUCUUUUAAAGAGAAACAAAUAGCAUUCAGAAAUUACCUGGUCAAACAAAAGAAAAUGCGCUAAAUGCACCAGUAAUGUUGUUAUAUUUUAAAGCUAUUGUAAUAAAUUAAUCAUUACAAUAAG